AUGGCUUUGGGUCAAUCGAUUAGAGGGUUUCUGGCUUGUAUUCGACCAGUGUUGGUUGUCGACGGGGCCCACCUAAAAGGGAAGUUCAGAGGGGUAUUGUUAAUAGCUUCUGGUGCGGAUGAAAAUAACCAGAUUUACCCUGUUGCAUUUGCUAUUGUCGACGGUGAGACUGUAGCAUCAUGGGUAUGGUUUAUGACUCAAUUAAAAGGUGCGCUCGGCGUAGUGAACAAUUUGGUUUUCGUUUCCGAUAGACAUCACACCAUUUGUAAGGCAAUUGACAAGGUAUUUCCCACUGCAUUUCAUUGCUUUUGUAUACAACAUAUUAAGAUGAACUUGUUAGCAAAAUUUAAAGUCGAUGCGAAGGCACUCGAGGAACUAUUUCUAAAAGCUGCGAAAGCAUAUCGAGAGUCUUAUUUCAACUCAAUCUGGGCUCAACUUGGUGCGUACCCUGGUGUGAGGGAGUAUCUGGAUGACAUUGGGAAGGAGCGUUGGGCUCGUUGUUUCCAAACAGAAUUGAGGUACACACAUAUGACCAGUAAUAAUGCGGAGUUUGUGAAUGCCCUCUUUAGACACGCACGUAGGUUGCCAGUAACUGCUUUAUUGGACCAUAUCAGAGGUCURUUACAGACUUGGUUCUACRAUCGAUGGACGCUUGCCUCUUUYCGAUCAACCACAUUGUCCGACUACGCAGAAAAUAAGCUUGCUGAAUACUCGGACAAUGCCAGGGGACACGUUGUAGUGAACAUCGACCAGUUUCAUGUCCAGGUACGUGAUGGUAACCUUGACGGGAUUGUUGAUUUCAACUCUAGGACAUGUAGUUGUCGGGAGUUUGAUUAUUUUAAAAUUCCAUGCUCUCAUGCUAUUGCCAGGGCGAUGAUGCGAAACAUAAAUCCAUACACUCUGUGUGACGAGRCAUACACGACGAACUCCURGGUAAUGGCUUAUGCAGAACCAAUAUUUCCAAUUGGUCACGUCUCAACGUGGAACAAUUCUCCAGAUUUUGUCGAUACACCGGUAGAAGCACCAGAUAUGGUUCCUAGAGUUGGCAGGAGGCGGACAGUUAGGAUUGCUUCCACGGGCGAGGUGCGCCAAACACGUAAGUGCGGUCGGUGUGGUACAUCGGGGCACAAUCGCAAAACAUGUAAUGAACCCAUUAACACAGCGUGA